GAGCGCUUCCGGUUCAUCUCAAGGGCAAAAUUAUCACAUGUACCGAAGCUACACUUACUCGAAUCCAGUGUGUCACUGUCAUUAGAUCUAUAAGUGUGUAAAAUGGACAGUUUCGGUUCAGAUUUCUCCUCGGGCUCCUCGUCUGGUAAAAUAGACUCUGGCACUAUAAUGGAGCAGGUCAAAGUUCAGAUUGCUGUUGCAAACGCGCAAGAGCUGCUGCAGAGAAUGACUGAUAAAUGCUUCAAGAAGUGCAUUGGCAAACCAGGAAGCACAUUGGACAACUCCGAACAGAAAUGCAUUGCCAUGUGCAUGGACCGCUACAUGGACGCAUGGAACACGGUCUCCCGUGCAUAUAAUUCAAGAUUACAGAGGGAAAGGGCACGUAUUUGAUGUGCAGAUGGUGGCCAGUACUACCUCAGUCCUCAGGUAGAGGUGUCUAGUCUCUAAAUGCACCACUGGUUUGUAGACUUGGCUCACACAACAUCAGCUGAUGGCUUCAGAAGGAACAAGGUGGUUGGAUUUAGACUCUACAAGGACGUUUUUUCAUUAAAUGUUGUGUAUUGAAAAGAUUUCAAUCUUAAUUUGCUUAAAACGAUGGCCAGGAUUUGGGAGAACAAAAGAAUUGGUCUGGAUUUUUUGAUCCACUGUUUCUGGAUCCGGUUUAAAAACAAUGCUAAAUGUGGACUCCUCCUUAUGUUAUUAUCUAUUCCCUGAGCAGAAUCCAAAUUCAGUGUACUAUCGGUCUGCCUUUUGUCAUUGGUUGGGCUCACUUUACCAACUCUGUUUCACAAACCUAGUUCUAUUCCCAGAGGGGGAGAAUUCAGAGGCAUCUUUUAUGCAAUACUUAUCUUCACCAGAGCGACUGAACAGUCCUUCUUACUUCUCUCUGAAGGACAAACUGCAGGUGUCGACGCUGUAGCGUCAUUUGUUUCAUUGUCUUUUAAGAAAAGUAGUAAGGUUGUUUAGAACCGCAAACCCUGUAAAAGCUGUUUCCUUUGUGUACACACGCGUCAAAAUUCCCCUUUUCCUUUGCUUUAUUAAAUAUUGCGACGCAAACUCCACCAGGACAUGUCCAGACAGAUGUUGUAUAAUCGUCACCCAGCUGUUUUUAUGGAAUGCAAAUAAAUACCACAGAAUGCAUUUUUA